CUGCUAGUUAACCAAAUAGAGAAAUGGAAGGAGGACAUUCAAGAAUUUGCUCUGAUAUUAGCUCAAAGGAAUUUUGGAAGCAGAGAAACCAGAAGAGGUACAUGUCCUCAAUGGACCUGUUUAAGGCCCUCAAACUCAGCACCAAAUAAGAUUUCAGUCGUCACGAAGUAUAGCAAGGCUCAUAGUCGAGAGGCUAAUAAAACUAAAUUUCGCAAGACAAUUUUACCUGUUUUCACAAAUUAUCAAGAAAAUCGUAUUUUCUCACCCGCUCAAAAGAAUGUUAGGGUUUCUCAAGAAUUCAUGAAGGCUGUUCCUCAGAAUGAGGACACUGACCAGGAUGAAGUAGUCAUAAUGUCACCCAAGAUAUCAAAAAUAAGGUCCCAAGAUAGCUACCCUAAGCAGAAAAAGAAAAUGAAGAAAUCAAUUGUGUUCCAAUACAGACAUAUCGAGGGGAAACUUAGUAGAAAGCCACAAACAACAUCUCAAGAGAUAAAUGGGAUGGUAAACCAUAACUCUGGCAUAUUUAAGAAUAUUACUUUCAAAUAAAGAGUCCUUGUUCACAAAAAGUCUUAAUAAAAAGAAUGGAAUUAUCCAAAUAAAUAAUAAAGAGUUUUUUAAUUCACUAUCAGAACCACUAAACAUGAAUUCGAAUAUUAAAAGGACCAAAUCUGUGAUGGGCAAGUAUAAGCUGCCCAGAGUUUCAACUCAAGUUUUGGAGCUAAACCCUUUUAAUGUGUAUCCUAAGCCUAAAUCUAUACCUGAUGCUUACUUAAAUUUCAAGAAGAAGCACCAGAAAUUUCAGAAGUCAAGGUCAAAUAGUCAGAAGCCACAGUCUAAUCCAAGGUUUUCGUACAUGUUUUCUUCAAGACAAGAACCUGGGCGAGUAGAUCUUCUGAACUUGAGGAAGAUGCUCAACCACUUUAGAGAAUCGCGUCAAAAAGAUAUCUCAAGGAGCUACCAUAAUACUUCUAGUAGCUCUAAUUUUGAGGUGAUGGAUAACAAAUAUGCGAUGCUCGACUAAUUUCAAUAUGGC